AUGGGAAUGCCAUUGAAUGUACACUUGAAAAGUAUGAAGAAGGUCCUCAAGUCGAUUGCCGUCAGCACCGACCUUGUUGAACUCCUACAAAACUAUAGAACGAGUUUGAGGUCAGUCAUGACAUACCAUGCCUCAUACCAUGAUAAAGACUCGGCAAAGAUCCGUUCGAAUACAGUCGGUACCCUGACUUCAAGCCGUGAAACAAUAAUGGACACUAAAACCUAUCCCGCUUAUCACCCGUGUUCAAAUUGCUUUGAACAGAAAUUUAAUUUGACAGCUCUUCUUGCCAGUCCAUCUACGUCACGAAGAGACUUCUUCACGUAUUGUCUAUCACUUAUGCGUGCUCAUACAUCCGAACAUCGCGAUGCUUUGCCUGUCCUGGAUAUUGCUGCUUUACGUCAUAUCGCCUAUGUUCUUGAUGGUUUUAUAUAUUAUAUGCGAAAUGAUACAAACUUUUAUGAAAAGAAUGAAGGUAUUGUAGGUAAUACUCUGAAUACAAACGAAAAUGAUGACACCGAUGAUGAAUUGUCGAAUAUAACAAGCGAUGAACCAUAUGGCGAUGUCGGAAUGGGAUCUUCUUCAAAUGUGAUGGGAUCUGGAUCGUCUCGACGACACACCUUUUUCACUCGGUCAGAUUCGACACUGAGUCUUGGUUGUUUGGCUCCAGACGGUUUCGACUUGCCGCUCGAUAUCGCAAUACCAUUGGCAGACAAACCACAUCUAUUGCAGCCCAACUCUAAACGUCAGGACUUAUUUGCCAACCUACCAUUAAUCAUAUCCCCCAAUGAAGUAAAUACCGCACAACAAGCAGAUAAAAAUAACUACAAUAUACUAGACUACCCACCAACAAAGUUAGGAUUCUCGUCUUAUUCUAUGGCGAAAGCGACUACCAACCAAUCACCUGUUUCGGAAGACACGUCUAAUUCAGUUGGCGAAGAAGAAAACACUAAUAACAGUGUUGGUGGUAAUAUAGGAAAUGUAUACCUACAACUUAAGAAGAAACAAUACUCGGAUGAUUCGAAAUCAACAGAUCAAGAUAAAAGCGAUAAUAUUGAGCGAAUGGAAGUGGAUAACAUUGGUGAAAGUAUAGAAAAUAUCGUGGACAUUCACAACACAAGUCAAGCUGGUGUCAUGGCUACAAGGCCAGAUGUUAUAAUAGUUCCGAACAAAAAUUCACGUGUUUCAGAUAGCGAAACAAGCAUGAAUUCGAAUGUCUCGAACACUACAUCAUCGUCCAUUGCUCGCAGCGUCAUUGUUAGAGCUGGUGGUGUAUCUGGGCAAAUUCACGAAGAACCUUCCACAUCGCAGAAAGCUAAUAUUACAUAUGUUGUUCCAAAUGACUCAACAAAGAAUGCGGGCGCUCGAUCUACUAAAAUAACACCAUUAAUGUAUCCUGCACGUGGGCAGUACUUCUGUCAGAAAUGCGAAUCGCACGAUUCCUCUCCAUCUUGGAACUUUUUACUUGGGCGAUGGAAGCUUGCGCUAGAUCUUUUCGGUAGAGUAUUUAUGGAUGACGUCGGUAUGGAGCAUGGAUCUGUUUUACCAGAGUUGCGUGGAUUCCCUGUUAAGGAAAUGAGAUUCAGACGGCAUAUGGAAAAGUUGCGAAAUGCUCAACAGCGUGAUUUAAUACUUUGCAAAUUGGAGCGCAAUCGUGAAAGUUUAAUAAUGCAAACGUUCAAAGAACUCAAUUCCCAAUUCGGUAGCCAAAACAGAAGGGUGCAUCCCCCUCUUACGUUUAACAGAGUCAAAGUGACAUUUAAGGAUGAACCGGGUGAAGGUUCUGGAGUAGCCCGCAGUUUCUACACGUCCAUUUCUGAAGCCCUUCUAGCCAGUUCAAAAAUGCCGAAUUUGGAGUCCGUUCAGGUCGGAAACAACAGUGGCAAAUACGGUGUGCCAUUUUCUAGUAUACUAAGGAACAGAGGUGCGCCAGGUCGCGAACUACCCACUUUACAAAGGCGGGGCACUGGAAGCAAAAUAUUGUGGCGUACAGCUCGCGAAAGAAAGGCUCUUAACUUUUACGCUCGACCAUAUGUCUCCAUAUUAGACAAUCCAGAAAAUCCCAAUGAACAUUUAUCUGUGCACUUGCAACAACUGGGAGAAAGACUGUAUCCAAAGAUAUACUCAUUGAAUUCCACACAUGCUUCUAAAAUAACUGGAAUGCUCUUAGAAAUACCAACUCCGCAACUAUUAUCAAUUUUGUCGUCUGAAGAAAUGUUACGACAGAAAGUCAGCGAAGCCCUUGACAUAAUUACAUUUAAACAAAAGUCAGAUACAAACGCAUCAUCUUCCGCACAGUCGAAGAAGAUGAAUCCUGUUGUAUUAUUAGAGCCUUGUCAUGUAGAGGAUAACGAGCCCCUGUUCUACAUGCCUGGAAAAAGAGGUUUUUAUACACCUCGACAAGGUUAUGGAUCCUUUGAACGAAUAAAUGCUUUUAGAAAUAUAGGAAGAUUAAUUGGCCUAUGUCUGUUGCAAAAUGAAUUACUGCCAUUGUUCCUGCAAAGGCAUGUUCUAAAAUAUAUUCUUGGCCGUAAAAUUAAGUUCCACGACCUAGCAUUCUUCGAUCCAGUUAUUUAUGAAUCAUUUAGACAGCUUAUACAAAACUCACAAACGGAAGAGGGUGAAGAAGCCAUAUCUCGGAUGGAGUUAUUCUUUGUGAUCGAUUUAAUGAAAGAAGAAGGAGGCGGUAGUGUGGAAUUGAUCCCAGGUGGUAGAGAAAUUCAAGUCACUGCUCAAAAUCUUUUUGACUACAUUAGACGCUAUACUGAAUAUAGGCUAAUCAAAGCCCAAGAGAAAGCGCUCGAGGCUAUUCGAGACGGAGUUUUUGACGUUUUGCCGGAUACUUGCAUGCAGAGCUUAACCGCGGAAGACUUGCGACUACUUUUAAAUGGAGUCGGCGAUAUUAACGUAUCAACGUUGAUCUCGUAUACAACUUUUAAUGACGAAUCCAGUGAAGGUUCCGACAAAUUAUUAAAAUUCAAGCGCUGGUUCUGGAGCAUUGUGGAAAAAAUGAAUACUCUUGAAAGACAGGACUUAGUGUACUUCUGGACAGGAUCUCCUGCUUUACCUGCAUCCGAAGAAGGAUUUCAACCGUUGCCAUCCGUAACUAUUCGACCAGCGGACGAUACUCAUUUACCAACAGCCAAUACGUGUAUUUCUAGGCUCUAUAUUCCCCUGUAUUCAAGUAAAUCAAUAUUGCGUAGCAAAUUGCUCUUGGCUAUUAAAUCAAAAAAUUUCGGCUUUGUGUAAACUACUUUUAUAUUGUU